GAGCACCUCCUCCUCCGUGGAGCCGGACAGCCUUUAAAUGCCCCAUUUCAGCCACUUUUCGGGUUGUGUGUCAGUGUCGUUGCUGCUUUGGGUCUGUUGAGGCUUAUCUGCCACGUCGGUUGUCGUCGCUGUUUAACAAAACUGUCAAGAUGACUCAUCCGUUCCCAUCCCUUUCUCCGGAGCAGAAGAGGGAGCUCUCUGACAUUGCUCAGAGGAUCGUGGCUCCAGGAAAGGGAAUCCUGGCUGCAGAUGAAUCAACAGGCACCAUGGCGAAGCGGCUCCAGAAAAUCAACGUGGAGAACACCGAGGAGAACCGCCGCAGCUUCCGUGACAUCCUCUUCUCCUCUGAUGCCUCCUUCUCAAACUGUGUGGGCGGCAUCAUCUUCUUCCACGAGACACUCUACCAGAAGUCAGACAGUGGCAAGCUGUUCCCCCAGCUCGUCAAGGAAAAGGGCAUUGUUGUUGGCAUCAAGGUGGACAAAGGCACAGCUGGUCUGAUGGGAACAGAUGGAGAGACCACCACACAAGGUCUUGAUGGUCUCUCAGAGCGCUGUGCCCAGUACAAAAAGGACGGCUGCGACUUUGCCAAGUGGAGGUGUGUGCUCAAGAUCUCAGAUGGCUGCCCAUCAGCUCUUGCCAUUGCAGAGAACGCCAAUGUCCUCGCCAGAUAUGCCAGUAUCUGCCAACAGAAUGGCCUUGUGCCCAUUGUGGAGCCAGAGAUCCUGCCUGAUGGAGACCAUGACCUUCAGCGUUGCCAGUACGCCACAGAAAAGGUCCUGGCUGCUGUGUACAAGGCUCUGUCUGACCACCAUGUGUACCUGGAGGGCACUCUGCUGAAGCCCAACAUGGUCACUGCUGGACACUCCUGCACUAAGAAGUUCACCCCUCAGGAAGUUGCCAUGGCUACAGUGACUGCUCUGAGGCGGACCGUGCCUGCCUCAGUGCCUGGCAUCUGCUUCCUGUCCGGAGGGCAGAGUGAAGAGGAGGCCUCUGUCAACCUGAACGCCAUCAAUCAGGUGCCCCUGCACCGCCCCUGGAAGCUGACCUUCUCUUACGGUCGUGCACUCCAGGCUUCCGCUCUUGCUGCCUGGAAGGGCAAAGCUGAAAACAAGGCAGCCACACAGCAAACUUUCAUCACCAGAGCCAAGAUCAAUGGCCUGGCUUCCAAAGGAGAGUACAAGCCCACCGGUGCAGCUGCCCAGGCCUCCACACAGUCUCUGUACACUGCCAGCUAUGUAUAUUAAAUACUGUGACACUAAACCAAGAAAAACAAAUCAAGAAUUGCACAUGGACCAAAUAUAACUACAAGAAAAUCUCCUGCUGGGUGCCCAUCCUCCCUGCACUACCAACACCAGGGGGAGACUUCUGUCAAAAUGUUCAACUACUGUUUGUCUACUUAAUGAAAUCUCCCGAAAUAAAAGACCAAAAAUGUUUUUGA